UACAUUGUAAUAUGAUAAAAGAUAAGAAUUCAUUAUCUAUUUCGUGAUGGCACUAAAAGGCCUGCACCACCUAUGUACCCACUCAGUUAGAGCAUCACCAGAGGACGCAACAAUGGCUCCCAACGACUUCACCGGACAGGUGGCACUUGUGACAGGUGGCGGCAGCGGCAUCGGGCGUGCCACAUGCCUGCUGCUUGCCCGCGAUGGAGCUCGAGUGGUGGUGACGGACUUCAAUGUGCAGACGGCCCGUGAAACCCACAGUCUGAUGCCAAACCCCGAGAAGCACCUGGCGCUGCAGAUGGACGUGACGCAGCAGAGUGCCGUGCAGAGCGUCAUCGCCACAGUUCGGGACAAGUACGGAGAGCCGCCCAGCCUGCUAGUCAAUGCCGCUGGAAUCAUGAACAUCGAUCCAUCUUUUGACAAGACGGGUGAUGUUGUGAUCAACGUGAAUCUUAAGGGCAUCUUUAUUGUGACCGAGGCCUUCACUGAGGAGUUGCUGAAAGGAAACGAAGGCGCACAGGAGGAUAAGGGCGUUAUUGUCAAUAUAGCAAGUAUACUUGGGAAGUUAGGUCACCCUGAUUUCAGACAUUAUGCUGCCUCAAAAGGCGGUGUUAUAACAUACAGCAAAUCCUGCGCUGCCCACAUGAUCAGAAAGGGUAUCAGAAUCAACUGUAUCCUGCCUGGCUUGGUGGACACUGCCAUGACCAAACCCUUUACUGAAGAAUUUCGUCAGUCAAUAUGUGACAAAACUCCUCUCCCACGAGCUGGCAAACCAGAAGAGAUAGCUGAGGUGGUCGUGUUCCUACUGUCAUGGCGCAGCAGCUUCAUGGUGGGCGCCUGUGUGGAGGUGACCGGCGGGGAUGGCAUGUGAUGGGCAACAUAAAGCAUACAUUAAAAAUAUGAAUUAU